AUGGAGCUCCGUCCUCCCCCUGUGAUGCUCUUGCUGAUUUCACUUAUGGCCCAUGCUCAAGGGAGUCCUAAAGCUGUUCUGUCCAUAAUGCCUGAUACACUUGUGUUCAUCGGAGAGUGUGUUACUCUCAGAUGUGACAUGCAGGAAGGAAAAGAUAGCCAAGGGCCAUACAGUUGGAAUCAAAAUUUUAUCAAAAAAUAUCAAAGCGGUGACAAUUUAUUUACUUUAAGGAAUGUUCAAAUCAUUGGCAGUGAUUAUUACACUUGUCAAGAAUGGAAUUCAAAGAUCAGUGAGCCUGUUACACUGACUGUAUCAGCAAAACCCAAACCUGCUCUGAAAUCUUCAGUCAAUCCUCAGAGCUCAAUCUACACUGGAGACACCGUCACUCUGACCUGUGAGCUGAAGCAGUCCACUGGAUGGGAGUUUCUCUGGUACAAAUAUAAUGAGCAGUUACAGCUUUUGAGCACUGAACAUUUAUACUGCAACACACUCCAUGUGACAGUCAUUAAUGAAGAAGAAUCGAUUUACAAAUGUCAAGCACGCAGACAUAAUACCUGGAUACUUACAUACUAUGACACAGACCUCAGUGACCCAGUCAGAAUUACAGCACGAGAGAGACCUGCAGUACUGAGUGUAUCUCCACAGAGCUGGUUGACUGAAGGAGACUCAGUGACUCUAAACUGUGAGGUUACAGACUCCUCUACAGACUGGACAUUCAGCUGGUACAGAGUUGUUCCCUACAGAGACAGUACUGGCCAAAUCAGCUAUAAAUUAAUUCCCCUCUCAGACAGCAGCAGAGGAUCUGGAGGCUCCUACACUCUCAGUCCUGCUGAUCUUAAACACACAGGAGUUUAUGCAUGCAGAGGAGAGAGGGGCAAACCACCCUUUUACACACAUUACAGCAAUCUACAGCCACUAUGGAUCACUGGUAACUUUCCUCUAGUCUCUCAGAUCAUCAAUCCGAACAGAAUUCAACACUUUACUAAAGGUUCUCUCUCACUAAGCUGUAAGGACCAGAAUAACUCUACUGGAUGGACAGUGAGACGUUACAAACAGAAUAACACAGUAUCAGAUUGUUCACAGUGGGGAUCAGUUACAGAAUCUACAUGUAAUAUCAGCUCCCUCUCCACAUCCUACACUGGAGUUUACUGGUGUGAGUCUGAAUCUGGAGAAAACAGUAAUCCUGUCAACAUCACAGUGCAUGAUGGUGAUGUGAUCCUGGAGAGUCCUGUCCAUCCUGUGACUGAGGGACAUCCUCUGACUCUACGCUGUUUAGAUCGCCACACAAAACCAUUAAAUCUCCGAGCUGAUUUCUCUAAAGAUGGAUCAGUUCUCCAGAACCAGACUACAGGAGAGAUGAUCAUCCAUAAAGUUUCAAAGUCAGAUGAAGGUUUCUACCACUGUAAACACCCAGAGAGAGGAGAGUCACUAAAAAACUGGGUCUCAGUCAGACGUUCUAGCUCCUCUGGUGGAUCAGUACUAGUGGCUGUGGGUUUGGGAAUUUCCUUCAUCAUUUUACUGAUCAUAAUAAUCCUCCUGUUGUUGUACAGUAGAUCAAAAGAAAAGCAGCAGAUGCCCAAUCAGGCAUCACAGCAGAUUCAGAGUCGGUCAGGAGAUGAAGACUCUCAAUUAGGACACACACCACUUCAUGCUGGAAAUAAACACACUGUGGAUCAGGAAAGUGGAGCAGGUAUUGACAUCUAUGAAUGUAACGUCUUCUUAAAGCAGAUGGCCAAUGAGAAUGCAGCACUGUAA